AUGCCUCUCCAAGAUGAAACACCUGCUGGUGACGACAAAGAGCCGGCCGAUGUAGAAAAGGGAGAGCAUGGUCAGGUUGAUUCUGACAUGAAAACUGGCUCCGAAGGUCCCAGACGCAUCACGUUCCAGCAGCCAAAGGGAGACGAUGAACGUCCAAACCGUCGUACCUCUGGUGAGCGUGAGCGCCGUCGGUCGCGCUCCAGAAGCCGUCACUCCUUCAGCAGCGCUCGUGGAGGCACUGGAGGCAACCCCCUUACCGGUAUCCCAAUCGAGUUCCGUACGCUGUCUAUUCAAAUCAGCGAAUCUCGCAAUGCCACCACCGAGAUUGUCAAGGGAGGCUCCGGCCGUGCAAGCGUCCAUACCGACAAGGAGUACUUCGAGAAGUUCGACUUCCAUCUUCUUCCUCGAGAGAGGCUUUGCCAGCAGUUUAACGUCUCGUCUGAACAAGGUCUCAGCACCGAGGCCGCUAGUGCUCGUCUUCAGCGAGAUGGAAAGAACACAAUCCCUCGCCGUCGCCCAAACUACCUUCGCAAGAUCCUCGGAUAUGUCUUUGGUGAUUUCUGCUCCGUCUUGUGGGUGGGCGUGAUCAUCUUUUUCGUCUGCUGGAAGCCCCUUAGCAACCCUCCCUCUCCGGCGAACCUGGGUAUGGCCAUUUUGGUUCUCAUUGUCAUCUUCCUUCAAGCUGGUUUCUCGGCCUUCCAGGACUGGUCAACCAGCCGUGUGAUGAAUUCCAUCCUCGACCUUCUUCCCUCCGAAGCCCAGGUACUUCGUGAUGGAAACAUCAUUCGACUUCCGGCUACCGAGCUUGUAGCCGGUGAUAUUGUUCACAUCUCGUCUGGUAACAAGGUGCCGGCAGAUAUGAGGUUGAUUUCCAGCUCUGGUGAUGUCCGCUUUGACAGAUCGGUACUCACUGGAGAGUCCGACGAAGUAGAAGGUGCCCUUGACGCAACUGAACACAACUUCCUAGAGACACGAAACAUUGCAUUCAUGGGUACUGGUGUUACAAAUGGCCGUGCGGUUGGAGUCGUCGUUUUGACUGGCGGUCGCUCGCUCAUGGGACGUAUUGCCAUGGUCACUACCAAUGUCAAAGAGAAGCCGACGUUGAUCCAAAAGGAAAUCAGCCGUUUUGUCCGCAUUAUCGUCGGUUUAACUUGUGUACUGGCUUCCUUGCUUCUGUUUAGCUGGGUAGGCUGGAUCAGAAUUAAACAUGCCGGAUUCAUGGAUGUCGUGGCCAUGUUGAACAACGUUCUAGGAUGUGUGGUCGCCUUCAUCCCUGAGGGUAUGCCCGUUGGAGUCGCUCUCACAAUGAUGAUGAUUGCUCAUCGCAUGAAGUCUGCCAACAUCCUGCCUAAAGGCCUUUCAACUGUCGAGACCCUUGGCUGUGUUAACGUCCUCUGCUCUGACAAAACUGGAACACUGACUCAGAACCUGAUGACUGUCAAGUCGAUUGGUCUUGUCAACCAGGAGUAUACCAUCGAGGAAUUCAAUGACGAAGUUAACAAUGGCAAGCGUGGCAGCGCUCUGGCGGAGUUCCAUCGCGGGUCUAUUCUCUGCAACGACGCCUUCUUCGAGCCUGGUACCCUUAGCCAGCCUCUUAACGAGAGAACCAUCAACGGCAACGCAACAGAUUGUGCCAUUCUUCGCCUUGCAGAAGGGGCGUCGGCAUCCAAAAGUGUUGUUUCCCAAACCGACAGGGUAUUUCAAAUCCCAUUCAACUCGCAGAGCAAGUGGAUGCUCACGAUGCAUAAACCGCACGGCACGGUUGACCCGUCCAGUUACGAAGUUUUUGUGAAAGGCGCACCCGAUGUCCUUCUUCCAAUGUGUACCUCGUACUGGUCUGCAAAGGAAAAUAGGGUUAUGCGACUAAACGAUGCAGCAAAACGACAAUUGUCUGCUUUCCAGGAAAAGCUAUCUCGGAAGGCCGAGAGAGUUAUUCUUCUCUGUCAGCGACAAUAUGCUCCUCAAGCGCCACUUGGCUCCAACUACUUUGGUGAUGAGAUCAAGACGAACUGUACCAAAGACCUGACGGUUAUCGGCUUGUACGGUAUUAUUGAUCCACCGCGUCCAGAAGCAAGGUCAACAAUUGCCUCCUGUCGUCGUGCUGGCAUCCGAUUCUUCAUGGUUACAGGAGACUUCGGCUUGACGGCAACUGCAAUUGCGCGCGAUAUUGGUAUUUUCUCAGGCACUGCCGACCCAGACCGUGUUUCCGAGUUUGACAGCAAGAAUAAUUCUCUUAACGGAAUGAAGAACAACAACCAACUGGCUUCCUCAUUUUCCUCCAAGAGUUUGCUGGUUGAAGGGCCUGAGAUUUCCUCUCUCACUCAAAAUGACUGGGACAAGGUCUGUCAAUAUGAGGAGAUUGUCUUUGCUCGAACCACCCCUGAACAGAAACUCCGAAUUGUCGAGGAGCUCAAGGACCGUGAAAAUGUCGUGGCUGUCACCGGAGACGGUGUAAACGAUGCUCCUGCUCUCCGAGCGGCAGAUGUCGGAAUUGCAGUCGUCUCUGGGAGUGACGUUGCCAUCGAGGCCGCAGAUCUGGUGCUGAUGGAUAAAUUCGAUUCUAUUAUUCAAGCUGUCCGGCUUGGUCGUCUUGUUUUCCAGAAUCUUCAGAAGCUCAUCAGUUACCUCCUCCCUGCCGGAAGUUGGUCAGAGAUAUGGCCAGUGCUUAUGAACCAGUUCAUCGGUGUCCCCCUUCCGCUCAGCUCCUUCUUGAUGAUUAUCAUCUGCGUGUUCACGGAUUUAUUCCUUUCGCUGUCUCUAAUAAUGGAGAAGGAAGAAUUCGACCUCCUUAGCCUCCCACCACGCAAUCACAAGAAGGACCACUUGAUCAAUUUCAAGAUAUACGCCCAGUCAUACCUGUUCAUCGGGGUGAUGGAAACCAUAUGUGCCCACGCGAUGUUCUUCUUAUAUAUGUAUCGCAAGGCUGGCAUUCCAUUCCAUGCUCUCGUGUUUGCAUAUGAAAAAUACACCGAUGGAUUCUAUGGGUAUACGAAAGCCGAACUCGUGAACUUCAAUAACGUUGGACAGUGUGUCUAUUUUGUCACCCUGGUGGUUCUGCAAUGGGGAAACAUACUGUCCAUCCGAAACAAGCGCCUUUCCAUUCUGCAGGCAGAUCCAAUCCGAAAGCAGCGUCGAAACCCUUGGCUUGCAGGUGCGAUACUGGUUUCGCUGGCAAUCGCAGUUUUCGUCACCCAGACACCUGGUAUCAACAAACUUUUCAACACGGCUCCAGUGCCUAUUGAGCAUUGGCUGAUACCACUUCCGCUGGCGGUUGGUAUCCUCUGCAUGGAUGAGUUUAGAAAGUUAAUAGUGCGGCUAUUCCCCAAGGGGCCUAUUGCUAAGAUUGCCUGGUAA